CAAGAUAGUAGUGGAAAUUCAUGCUUGAAAAUGACUCCUAAAGAUGAGUUUCAUUGUCAUUUGAAAAGAGAAAUUCUUAUAUAUCAAUAAUGGAGCUUAGUAGUUUUAAACAGAGUUUUACAUGUUGCAGAUGGAACCAGGAAUUGAAAAUUCUGUCAACUCCGUAAAUAUUGAAGCAAUCGAGGUGACAGGAGGAAAUGGGCACUACACAGAGCAGUCAGGCACAAGCCAUGAGAAGAUUAAAGGAGGUUGGAAAACUGCAAAUAUCUUGCUAGCGAAUCAAGCACUGGCUACACUAGCUUUCUUUGGAGUUGGAGUGAACUUGGUUCUGUUUCUGACCCGAGUCCUUCACCAAGAAAGUGCUGAGGCUGCUAACAACGUGAGCAAGUGGACCGGAACCGUUUACAUAUUCUCACUCAUAGGAGCCUUCCUCAGUGAUUCUUACUGGGGACGAUAUUUAACAUGCACAAUCUUUCAGCUCAUUUUUGUUGUGGGCUUGGGGAUGUUGUCUUUCACGUCUUGGCGAUUUUUGAUCAAACCGGCUGGUUGUGGAAAUGAAGAAACUACAUGCUUGGAACCAUCAUCAUUGGGUGUUGGCAUUUUCUACUUGUCCAUAUAUCUAGUGGCAUUUGGAUAUGGAGGGCACCAACCCACCUUAGCAACCUUUGGUGCAGAUCAAUUUGAUGAGAAGAAUGAAAAACAUAGGGAUGCCAGAGAAACCUUCUUCUGUUACUUUUACUUUGCUCUCAAUGUUGGGUCUCUGUUCUCCAACACUGUAUUAGUAUACUACGAGAAUUCAGGAAUGUGGACAAGGGGGUUCUUGGUGUCCUUGGCCUCAGCUGUUAUUGCCUUAGUUUCAUACUUAGCAGGAUAUCAAAAAUAUAAAUAUGUAAAGGCACAUGGGAAUCCGGUGAUAAGGGUAGUUCAGGUGUUUGUGGCUACUGCUAGAAAGUGGAAGGUUGGUUCAGCCAAGGAAGACCAACUUUAUGAGGUUGAUGGUCCAGAAUCAGCCAUAAAAGGGAGUAGAAAGAUUCUGCACAGCAAUGAUUUUAGAUUCAUGGACAAGGCAGCAACGAUAACGGAGAAAGAUGCAGUUCAUCUCAAGAAUCACUGGCGGCUAUGUACUGUGACUCAAGUUGAGGAAGCCAAAUGCGUACUGAGAAUGCUACCAGUUUGGUUAUGUACUAUUAUUUAUUCGGUUGUGUUUACGCAAAUGGCUUCUCUUUUUGUCGAGCAAGGGAAUGUGAUGAACAACGAGAUAGGAAAAUUUCACUUGCCAGCAGCCAGCAUGUCAGUGUUUGAUAUCUGCAGUGUCCUUUUAUGCACUGGAAUUUAUCGCCAAAUCCUUGUUCCUCUGGCAGGAAGAUUAAGUGGCAAUCCUAGGGGACUAACUGAGCUUCAAAGAAUGGGAGUUGGUCUAGUUAUUGGAAUGUUAGCAAUGCUUGCAGCUGGUGUCACAGAGUUUGAAAGGCUCAAACACGUUACACCCAGGGAAAAGGCUAGUUCUUUGAGUAUAUUUUGGCAAAUCCCGCAGUAUGUUCUAGUUGGUGCUUCAGAAGUUUUCAUGUAUGUGGGUCAAUUGGAGUUCUUUAAUGGGCAAGCCCCAGAUGGCAUAAAAAGCUUUGGGAGCUCACUUUGCAUGGCUUCAAUGUCUCUUGGAAACUAUGUGAGUAGCAUGCUGGUUUACAUGGUGAUGCGAAUCACUGCAAGAGGCGAGAAUCCGGGAUGGAUUCCCAAUAACUUGAAUGUGGGGCACAUGGAUAGGUUUUUCUUCCUCGUUGCAGUGCUAAAUGCUCUUGACUUUGUACUCUACUUAUUAUGUGCUCGCUGGUACAAGAGCAUCAACCUUGGAGAUGGUGACAUGGAAAGCCAAGAGGACAAGGAAAUGAUUGGUAAAGUUUGAUUCAGUUGUCUUGAAUUUUCAUUUUCUUGCUAGGAAUUUUUUUAUCUUAAUAAUUUUGAUAAGGCUGUUCAAGGAUGAUCCUUUUUGGUGACACAAAGCAUGCCGGCUCAAUUUGAGAGAGAAUUGACAAAAUAUUGGUGGGAUGAUUGCUUUCUUGAUACCAAAUUUGGCAUUUGGACUUAUGCUAUUCUGGGUAUUAGUGAAUAUAUAGUAGGCAUUCUUAGUUGCUAUGUAAUAGUUCUGAACUUUGAAGCCAGUCUACUCGUGCGAGAGGAUCAAACUAUAAAUUACCACGUCAUUU